AUGAUGCUCUUUUCAGUUCUCUAUUUAUUACUUGCAUUCUCUGUAACAAAUGGAUAUUUGGAAGAUUCAUGGGCAAUGUUCUCUUCUGAAAGGCCUGCUGGUCCGAAGUGUGUGGAUAUUCCAAGCAAUUUGACCAUUUGUAAUGGAAUUGAGUACACUCAAAUGCGUCUUCCAAACAUUCUGGAACAUGAGACUGUCUCCGAGGCAAUUCAUGCAUCCAAAGAUUGGGAGAGCCUUCUUCGUCUCAAUUGUCAUCCUGAUACACAGAGAUUCCUGUGUUCAUUGUUUGCCCCAGUGUGUCUUAUGCAAAUGGACAGAUUGAUUCUUCCCUGUAAGAGUUUAUGUAUGGCAGUCAAACAGGGAUGCGAGAAUCGAAUGGCCAACUACGGAUUCCCUUGGCCUGAAAUGCUAUCUUGCGACAAGUUUGAAGACGACGACAUGUGUAUAAAACCAAUGCAAGAAGCUAAACCACCAGCAGGUAGCACGACAACGUGCACUGCCUGCUCGCAAGUCGCCACCUACGAGAAUCUUGUCGAUCAAUUUUGUAGAUCACAUUUGGUUCUCAAAGGAAAAGUGAUCCGUGAUUCUCCAAAUCAAAUUCGUGUUCGAAAUGGACGCAGUCUGAAGAAAGGAGAAAGAAGGAGAGGUGUCUCUGAUGUUGAAAUUCGUUUGUCAGCUGAAUCAGAUGGAGGAUGUCCAUGCAAUCUUCCAGCAAAAGGACAAAACGAGAAGUUAUUGGUGAUGGCAAGUAGGCAAUCUGAUGGAAAAUAUUUGGCAAAUUUGGUGUUGCCAUGGCAGAAAGAAAAGAACUUCAAGCGAGCUAUCCACCAAUUCCAACGCCUCAACUGCCAGUCUCUGGGUCGUGAAAUCCGUGAAUCUGCGUCCCGACGUCCGCAUUAUUACGAAAUGAGACGUCAUAAUACGGGAAGAUACCAGAUGUUUUGA